AUGCCUUCCAAACUGAGGAAUCUGGUGCAGACGGCCAAGCCCGACAUCAAGAUCCACUUCGACCACCCCAAGAGCACCUACACCACCCUCGACCGCCUCGAGGGCACGGUGACCAUCACCGCCCCGCACGACACGCGCUUCGAUAGCGUCGACAUUGAGUUCAUCGGCACGUCGCGCACCUUUGUCGAGCGCUUCACCACCGCCGCUGCUGCGUCGGGCCGCUCGGAAGCAUAUCAUCAAUUCCUCAAACUCUCCCAACCCGGCAACGAACAGUACUACCCCGCCGACUUCGUCCUCCAGGCCGGCGUCGCCUACGAGUUUCCUUUCAUCUUCGCCGUGCCGCAGCAACUCCUCCCGAGAGUCUGCCAGCACCCGGUUCGCAACGAUGCCGUUCGCGACCUCCAUCUGCACCUGCCGCCCACCUUUGGCGACAAGGAUCUCGGCGCGAGCCAGAAGGGCCUCGACGACAUGGCGCCCGACAUGGCCAGCGUGCGCUACGGCAUCUUCGCCAAGAUCAGCGAGGUCAAGAUCCGCGGCGACGAGGUCUGGCGCUCGACAAUGGCAUCGCGCGCGCGGAGAGUGCGCGUCAUCCCCGCCGUCGAAGUCCAGCCGCCCCUCGACGUCCACGCCGAGGAGGGCGAGUACAACAUGCGCAAGGAGAAGAGCAUCCGCAAGAGCAUGCUAAAGGGCAAAGUGGGGACAUUGGUCAUGGAAGCCGCACAGCCCCCGGCACUGCAAGUGCAAUCCUACGACAACCCCGAAGCGCGCACCAACACCCACGCCACCAUCAUGCUGCGCUUCGACCCCUUCGACGACAAAACCAAGCCCCCCAAACUCGGUUCACUCUCGAGCCGCCUCAAGGUCUCCACCUAUUUCGCCUCCUGCGCCCGCUCCACCGUCCCCACUAAACAAGCCUCCACCCUCGACAUCACCCAAGGCCUGCACAGCGAGCAGUUCAACCUGUCCUCGCGCUGCAUGGCCAACGUCGAAUGGAAGAAACACCACCCCACCCCCACCACCCCCGACGAAGUGCUCGAGCGCCGCGACUCGGCAAACUCCAUCGCCUCCCUCUCCUGGCAAUCCCCCGGUAGCAUCCCCGCGCCCUCGGAGACGUACAAAGACGGCGCAGCAUACUACACCGCGCGCCUCGUCGUCCCCGUCCAGCUGCCCCCGCACAAAGCCUUUCCCCCCACCUUCCACACCUGCCUCAUCAGCCGCGUGUACGCGCUGAAAUUCGACCUCAGCCUCUCCUCCGCCGGCCUCGCCUCCAGCCUCCCCCUGCGCGUCCCCAUCCAAAUCUCCUCCGAAGGCCUCCCGAGGCGCAUCCGCGUGCCUAGCGAGGAGCUCGUGGGCCGCAGUCGGAUUGGGAGCCAGGCGCCGCUGGCGGACGAUGAGCAUGAGCAUGCAGCUGCUGCUGCCGCGGCGGCGGAGCGGCCUGAUGCUGAUGCUGUUCAGCGGCGGCGCUCGAUGCCGGAGUCGGAUGCGCCGCCUGGGUACUCUGUUUCGACUUCGACGGCGGGGCGGGCGCGGAUGACGGAUUACCGGCUUAAUUUUAGGGCCAUGUCUGUGUCUGUUCAUUGA